AUGGACGUUCGAGCAUCUAGGAGGGACCUGGCAUUUGCGAAUGCCCUCCUCCUCGCGUCGUUCCUCGCUCCAGCGCAUGGGGGCCAUGUGAAUGCAAGCUACUACCUGGGAAAGAGAAGCCAUGCUAAUUACCAAUGUCCGUCUUCAUCGUUGCAGCGCCUCGCCCGGUUCCUCGACCGCCCUCUCUUCCCCUGGAAGAGGCUCAUCCUCGGCUUCUCGGUCGGGCAGUACCUCUUCGAGACGUUCCUCACGCUGCGCCAGUACCGCGUGCUGCAGGCGCCCAAGCCUCCCGCCGUGCUGGCGCGCGAGAUCUCCCAGGAGACGUUUGACAAGUCCCAGGCGUACGGGCGCGCCAAGGCCCGCUUCGAGAUCGUGUCGGGCCUCGUCGCGCAGCUGCAGAACGUGGCCUUCAUCCAAUUCGAUGUCCUCCCCAAGAUGUGGGCCUGGACGGGCGACCUGCUGCUGCGCUGGGCGCCCGCGCGCUUCUCCGGCGAGAUCAGCCACUCGAUUGUCUUCAUCUUUAGCUUCAUCGUGCUGCAGCAGGCGCUGUCCCUGCCGACGCGCCUGUACCAUACGUUUGUCCUCGAGGAGAGCUUCGGCUUCAACAAGCAGACGCCCAAGCUGUUCGUCACCGACUUGAUCAAGACGCAGGCCCUCACCGCCGUGUUCAUGCCCCCGAUCCUCGCUGCCUUCCUCAAGAUCAUCCAGAAGACGGGCAGCCACUUCGUCUUCUACCUGUGGAUCUUCACCGCCGGGCUGCAGGUCUUCAUCACCACCGCGUACCCCGUCUUCAUCCAGCCGCUCUUCAACAAGCUCUCCCCGCUCGAGGACGGCGAGCUCAAGACAAACGUCGAGGCCCUCGCCGCCGCCCACAAGUUCCCCCUCAAGGAGCUGUUCGUCAUCGACGGCAGCAAGCGCAGCGCCCACUCCAACGCCUACUUUUACGGCCUUCCCUGGAAGAAGCACAUCGUCAUCUACGACACCCUCAUCGAGAAGACGGAGACGCAGGAGAUUAUCGCCAUUCUCGCCCACGAGCUCGGCCACUGGAAGCUGGGGCACACGACGCGCCUGUUUGGCAUCUCCCAGGUCCACCUCCUGUACAUCUUCAGCCUCUUCUCCAUCUUCAUCAACAACGCCUCCCUCUACGCCUCCUUCGGCUUCACCGACGUCCGCCCCAUCGUCAUCGGCUUCCUGCUCUUCUCCGACGCCCUCUCCCCCAUGGACUCGGUCAUCAAGCUGCUCCUCAACAUCCUCUCGCGCCGCUUCGAGUUCGAGGCCGACGACUUCGCCAAGCGCCUCGGCUUCCGCGCCGAGCUCGCCACCUCCCUCAUCAAGAUCCACGCACAGAACCUCAGCACCAUGGACGCCGACUGGGUCUACGCCAGCUACCACUUCUCACACCCCCACCUCUCGGAGCGCCUCAAGGCCCUCGACUGGAAGCCCAGCGGCGAGGCCCUGACUUCUGCCGAGAAGGACAAGGAUCAGGAUGGUGGCGCGGUCAAGGCGACGGGGCGCGAGGAGCUGUGA